AUGGGGGGGAGGUGCUGGCCGCAGCGGCCCCACCAACCGAAGUUGGGGGGGCACCGAGCACGCGGGGCCUGUGGGGGGGUGUCCGGGUCCUUGGCUUCUGCAGCAUCUAAACAGAGAGAGAUGCUCUUGGAGGAUGUGGGCAGUGAGGAAGAGCCAGAGGAAGAAGACGAGGCACCAUUCCAGGAAAAAGAUUCUGGCAGCGAUGAGGAUUUCCUAAUGGAAGAUGAUGAUGACAGUGACUAUGGAAGUUCAAAAAAGAAAAACAAAAAGAUGGCUAAGAAGUCCAAACCUGAGAGAAAAGAGCAAAAAAUGCUAAAACCCAGACUAAAGGCUACAGUGACGCCAAGUCCAGUAAAAGGCAAAAGAAAGGUGGGCCGCCCCACAGCUUCAAAGGUGUCAAAGGAAAAGACGCCUUCUCCCAAAGAAGAAGAAGAUGAGCUGGAGAGCCCUCUAGGAAAGAAGGCGUCUGCAAGUCCUCCACCCGAGAAGUCUGGAGAUGAAGGGUCUGAAGACGAAGCCCAGUCUGGGGAAGAUUAAAAGUGAUGAUGGUUUGGGGAGAGAUUUUAUUAAAAAAA